UGGUACUUACUGGCGUCUCUCUCUUGCCUGACACAAGCAAAGGGAGAAUGGAGGCGAGGCCGCCAGUGCCACUACGGCUCAGCGUCGAGGAACGCGUGGAGCACGCGGUGUCCAGCGCGGUGCGGAGAGCGCUGGCGGAACAGCGAAAGACACAAGAGCAGGAACUGGACUCUCUCAGUAAUGUCCUGCAAAGGAGUCUUGCCGCGCUGGCGGGCGAGCGCGACCGGGCUCUUCGCUCGCUCGCCGCAGAGGAAGACAGGAGGCGAAACAUGAUCGAGGAGCUGACAAGCCUCCUCGGGGGGGAGCUUUCCUGCGGAGAUGUCUCUCGCUUGGCGAUGGGUCUCGAGCGCAUCGAGAGGGAGGCGGGGCCCGCCGCCGCCUCCGAGGAGGAGGGGGACGGUGGACAGGAACGGGGAAGGGCGUGGGUGCUCGAGCAAGUGCGCCAGUGCCUGUUCGCAAAAGUCGCGGUGCAGGACCAGCUGCGCUCGUCAGCCGAUGAAAUCGCGGCCGACAUGUUCGAAGCAGAGGAAGGGUUGAUGGGGUUCCAGGUGGGGCCCGGUGGCGGCCAAGACGCGGAGGGGGCGUCCCCGAUCUCCCGGCCCCCGCCGCCCACCGACGUCGCCGUUGCCGCCGUCGGCCCGGGCGCGGACGGUGGCGCGUUGUGGUCGGCGCGGUCCGAGAGCGUGGCGCGGGCGCGGGCCUCCGCGUCGGAGGCGCUGGCGACAUCCCUGCGUCUCGCGCGCCGGCGGGUGGAGCAGUUGGAGGCGCUGGCGCUGGAGGUGAGGCGGGGCGAGAGGAAGAAGAGGGCUGCUGUGGUGGCCCUGGCAGGCGUCGGGGAGGGGGGCGGCGCCGGGGAGUCCGUCGAGAGCGCGGAGCCGGCAGACGGCCUUGAUGACGGUGGUGAUGGUGAUGGUGAUAGAGCGGUGGAGGGGGUAGGGGGUGCGGGGGGCUCCGCCUCCUCCGACGGGUCUUUGUCGCGCCCUUCGUGCAGCCAGGAAGGGGCCGUCGAUCGGGCAGAAGAAGCGGGGCGGCCUGCUGCCGGCUCCGUCGAGCCGGGCGGCGACGGCGGCACGUGCGCGGCGGAGGCGACCGCCGAAGGGGAAAGGACCGGCGCCGCGGCGACACGACCAGCAGACGAAGCAGCGGCGGACAAGCAAGCCCAAGAGCCCCGGGGGGGAGCUACUGCCGGGAGAACCGCGAGCAGCGGUGGCGACGGCGGCGGCGGCGGCGGCGGUCCCCUCCACCCCGUCAAAACAGACCACGCGUCUGAUGGCGGCAAGGGCGCCAGCGUCAGCUUGGCCGCGGCGCCAGGGGGCGGGGACGCCCAACCGCCUCCCGUGUCGCCGGAGUCGUGUGAGGUCGAGCGGUGGAAAAUGGCGGCUCGGAGGUCGGAAGCCUCGCUCUCGGACCUCCGCAAAAACCUCGGUAGUGUGCUGGCCCUGUCUUUCAUGUGCGGCGAGGAAAGCGCACGGCGCAGGGGAGAGGGGAAGGAGGAAGCAGGUGGGGUUCGGCUCGCCGCAGGGGGGGAGGUUGACAAGGAGGCCGGCUGCGGGGACCCCGACAGCGUGCUCGGAGUUGUGGCGGGGUUGGAGAGGGUCGAGGAUGCCGCUGCUGCUGCUGCUGCUGAGAGCAGUGUUUCGGAAGAGGCAGGAGAAGGGACGGGGGGUACAAGUGUCGGCACGAGCCGCGGGCGGGAGAGGUUCUCACCGGGCGAAGCAAAGGCGGCGGCUGUGGACGUUCUCUUGAAGAGGCUGGAGGCGCUGACCGUUGAUCAGGGGGGCGAUAUCGCCCGGCUUGAGGCUUCUCUGCAGGCCCUUCGCGGGUCUAGCGCUACACCAACGGCCGGCGCCGCCGGGGUGUCGAGCUCGGGGAAUAGCGGCCGGGGCGAUCUUGGAGGGAACGCUCAUGAGGAAAGUGCACAGGCGGCGGCUGGAUUGAAGGCAGAUGACGUUUCGGACCCCAAAUUGCAUUCACCGGCGGCUGCCGCUGCUGCUGUCGCGCCUAGAGGGGAACGGGAACAAGAGGGAGGGGUGUCGAAGGGGGAGGCGGGUCGAAGAGGGAGGGGAUCGCGUGAUGCUUCUCCGAAGCGGGAUAUACGGACGGAUUGGGAGAUUGAAUACAUCAACCGUUGGCACGCUUGGCCCCCGUAUUCGUCGGCCAUAGGUUCCAAGGUCAUUGGGGUAGUACAACAGGAGCUAGACGGGCUGGACACCCACCUGGGGCACUAUCAGGGGGGCGGCGGGCUCGGCUCGCAGGCCGUCCAAGGCGUCCUCGACCGCUGGAUCGACGUGAGCAAGCGCAACAUCCUGGAAGGGUGGCUGGGGCACGUCCUACACGGGGGGCCCGUGGAUUCCGCCAACGGCAGCUUCGUACCCCGGGUGCAGCUGAGCAGCUUGUCCAAAGAGGUACGGGAUGGCAUGGUGUCCGUGGUGCUCCCGCUGUUGCUGGGACGAAGAGGUGUCCUUCUGCAAGUGCUGACACGCGAGCGGGUUGAGCUUGUCCACGAUGUUCAGAUCCGCGUGACCCCCGUGGCGGGGCGGCGAGACGCACCGCCCAGCGCCAGAGCCUCACUCGGCGGAGGAGGAGGGAGCCGGUGGAGGCCUGCGCCCCCGGUCGGGGAGAGGGAGCACGGGGCGAGGAUUCGCGACAUGGUCAUGAAGGCCGCCCACGUUGGGUACGUCGAGGAGGACGAGGGGGGCGGCGGCGGCGGCGGAGGGGACGGGGACGGCCAGGCGGCGUGGAGGACGCCGCUGGCCUCGGUCGACUCGCUCUCGAGACAGCUGAAGGACACGUGGGAGACCUUCAACGCCAACUUUGCGACGAUGGCUGGGGAGUCGAGGGGAGAAGGCGGUGCCGCGGUGGGAGGGUGGGCGGGGAACUCGCGGGGCGGCGCCCCCCGCAUGCUGCCGGAGUACUGAUUUUUUUUUUCGAAUCGACAGGUUGUGGUGGUUUCAAGGCCAUGCCAGUGGUUUUGAGCGCCCCACCGGGCCUGACGUGCUGCAUAGAGAAGGAACAGUAUUCCGGCGUGUCCAGACGUCGCUGUAUGGAGGGGACAAAGGACCAUGGUGUGUUGGUGACCGAACGUUAGCCGCAGAACACCAACCACCCGCCGGGUGUGCUACGGUGGAUCAUGUCAGAAAACACCAAUGGUCGAGCACCGAGAGUCGUAGAUUGAGUUUCGCCUGCUUUUUUUUGGGGUCGUAAAAACUCUUAAGGCCCGUCGCAGUGUACAUAUCGGCAAAGCAGCCUGCCUCGGACAACCUUGCCAUUCCACUUAGGAGGUUCUUGAUAUAGGUUUUAAGGCUGUGUGGGGUGUCAUGAUGCGGGACAGUGCGCAACGACGACGGUUGUGUCAUGAAGGAAGCGGAUUAUGAAAGACCGACAAUCAUCGGCUAGUCUACUCAAUCUGAUGUAGAGACCGGACGGCAUGAAGAUUAAGAUUCGUGUUUGUACAAACAAUCGAUCCCGGUGCUUGCAAAAACAAGAGUGCGUGCUUCACGAACAAUCCGGAAUCCGCGGGGGAACGGAUCAGAGGCAGAUGAUGUGUUUCGAAAAGAGAGUUGUCA